CGGUGGGGAGGCGCUGUGAAGCCGUCGUGUUCGGGGUGUCUCKGCUCUUACGUGUCGCCUGUGGUCGAAAGAAUGGAAUCUUUGACUCCCUCACCAAAAAAUUCGGAUAUGCAUCUGAAGAUAACUCAUACAGAAUGCGAUCCAGAGUGUUUGCUAGUAGCAUUUCAGGGUCAAUAUAAGGAGGGAUGUGAAUUUGACUACAACAUAUUACAAAGCGAAAUAGAACGUGUGUUCAAAGUUCAGAAUAAUGUUGAUAUUGGUGGAUUGUGCUUGGUGGAAGACUCAGAUGGAAAAUGGCACAGAGGAAAAGUUUUGGACAAGAAAGAAAGUAUCUGUGAGGUCUUUCUUAUAGACAUUGGGCAAGUAUUGAUGGUCGAUGAAAUACAUAUCGCUUCUGCUUGUGGAGAAUUGUUUCAGCUGCCCCCAAAGAUAGUUUAUGGAGUUUUCGCAAACAUACUUCCUCUUGGGGAAAAAUGGGGUCCAAAAGCUAUGAACUAUUUUUCAUCUCUAGUUGGACUACAGAUUGCAGGUCGUGUGAAAGCUGUUUUACCAGAUCAGCUGUUUAUUCUGGAAGUGUCAAAGGUCAUUAGUGAUGUUGUUGAACUGCGGUUAGGAAAACUUAUCAAUGGAGAUUCAUUUUGUCUUAUUGUUGAAACAUUAAAAGCUUUAUCCCAAGAAAUGUUUCGUAAGCAAAUGCCACAAUUGUUAAAACACAACUAUGCAGUCCAGGAUUUAUUUACAUUUAGCAGUUCUGAGAAACCAUCAUAUUUUCGUCCAGUUCCUGGUGACCUUUUGCCCUUUCUACCUGUUGGCAGUAAAGAAAAUGUAAAAAUAACAGUUGCAAUAACUCCAAGUAAGUUUUACUGUCAGAUACAGAAGUGGCAGAAAGAACUAGAAGAUUUGGCAGGAGCAAUGCAUUUGUACUAUGAAGCUAUGAGUGGAGAAAGUAAUACGUCAUUGGAUAGCUUAGGGCUACUUUGUGCUGCCAAAAAACAAAACGGACAAUGGCAUAGAGGAGUGAUACAGCAGCUUCUCCCUGAGCAUGUGGAAGUCUGGUUUAUGGAUUAUGGCAAUACUGAAGCUGUGCCAUCUAGUUGUGUUUGGAAGCUUAAAGAAGAGUUCAUGUCUUUACCAAUGGUUUCAUUUCCUUGUGCACUGUCUUGUUUUGAGAAUCAGGAUGAAGCAGUAAUAAAACUCCAGCUGAAAGAAUUUAUACAGACCUUGAUUGAACAAACCUCUGUGUAUGUCCGUGUUGAUUUAUUUAAUGCUAGUAAACACUUGUAUUAUGUCACACUGCAAAAACAAAACCUUGGAAAGAAUACUAUGUAUGCAGAACAAUUGAAUGAGGCAGCUGCUUUGUAUGUGUCUCCUGAUGCAAAGAUGACAAGGAUUAAUGUAAACUACAAAACAUGUGAUAAGAACCAAAGUUGGUUUAAGAAUUCUACUAGAAAUAAACUGACAAAUUGCCUAACAGAAUAUGAUCACUCUUUUUCAAGCCACUGCAAAAGAGUAGAAAUGAAAGUUAAUUCUUCCUAUGUUGGUUUUGUGGUUUAUGUAAUAAAUCCCUCAAACUUCUGGAUUCAAACAAGUGAAUAUCGGAAUGAAUUUGAAGCCUUGAUGGAAAAAAUUGAAGAUGUGUAUAACAAAUGUGGAUGUGAUGACAAGGUCCUUAAAAACCCAGAACCUGGAUUACUGUGCUGUGCUCGAUAUAGCAAAGAUAUGUGCUAUUAUCGGGGUGUUGUCACUGAAGUGCUUUGUGUCAAUGUUACUGUUUACUUUUUGGAUUUUGGAAAUACAGAUACAGUWCCCUAUUGUGAUGUGAAAACAUUACUUCCAGAGUUUUCUGAUUUACCAGCUUUAGCCAUGUGUUGUGCCCUUGCAUGCACAUUGCCCACUGAGGAUGUGUGGGUUAAAAAGGAAACUGAUUUCUUCAAAGAAAUUGUGUUUAACAAAGCAAUUCUGCUUCAUGUAGUUGGAAAGCAAAACAACAAGUAUAUUGUAAAUGCACAGCGUAUGAAUGGUUUGGAAGAGUGUAAUGUUACCAUGUGUAUGGUUCAGGCCGGAUAUGCUGAAUACUGGGAGGAAAAACCUGAAUCUCUUCCAAAUCUGGCAAAAAAUUCCCAAGUCUUGAAUCACCGCAAGCCUAARAAAAGAUGCAAAUGCGCACAGGGCAGCUGUAAUAAACAUAAAAAUAAAGCAUCAGGAAAUAGGMAGAUCUUUCAAGGUGAAAAAUUAAGUGCGACUCCUGUGCUGAAAGAAUCUGUUUUGCUGUCCUAUUUUGGACGAGAGGGUAUUUCUCAGUGGCAUCAAUUAGUACCAGAGGAAAACAUUUCUUAUAAAGAAUUUGUGUUUAAACCAGGAGCUGUCUUUGAGGUGGUAUGUUCUUACGUUGAUUCCCCAGCAAAUUUUUCAUGUCAGUUGCAAAGCAAACUGCCAGAGCUGAAUAACUUGAUGGAACAAAUUCAGGCUUACUAUAAAGUACACACCAGUCCGUACAAAACUGGUCAGGCUGCCUGUGUUGUUAAAUGUCCCAAAGAUGGGAGGUGGUACAGAGGAACUGUUGUGCAGCAAGUAUCUGCAAAUGAAGUUGAGGUGGUUUUUGUAGACUUUGGUAAUCGUGAAAGAGUCUUACUUAAAGAUAUUCAGGCUAUUCUUCCAGACUUCCUAGCCCUGGAAAGUCAAGCGUUUAGAUGUAGUCUUAGAAAUGGACCCUUGGAGACUAGCAUACUUAAUUGGUCUGAAGAGAUGUGUAAACUUUUCAAGGACUUCAUUUCUGCUUCAAAAGGACCACUGAUUUGUAUCAUUUGUGCUCUAAUACUUGUAAGUUCAAACUGCUUGCAUAAUAUUGUUGACUUACAGACACCAUUGGUUAGUGCAGAAGAAUUUCUAAGAGAGCGAGGUCACAUCACCCAGCCUGAAUAUAUUUCACUGAGAAAACAUGCAUCUUUGAGUUCUCUGUACAGCUUUUGCUACUCAUCUUUUAACAUGACAAUCGGAAGUGAGGAAGAGGUUUAUAUAACUCAUGUACAUAGUCCUUUAAAGUUCUACUGUCAGCUUAAUCGAAACACUGAAACUAUCGAAGCAUUGAUGAAGAAGGUUAGUGAAAUAAGUAAAAUGCCAAAGCAAGCGAAACAUACUAACAAUACACGAUUAUGCAUAGCUAGAUAUUUUGAAGAUGGUCUCUUUUAUAGAGCUUUGGCUUUUCCUACAGCAUCAUCAUCCUAUUUAUUAGUUAAUUUUGUGGAUUUUGGAAAUGAGCAUAUGGUAGAGAGAGACCAGUUGAUGCCUAUUCCUGAGUGUGCCACUGACCUGCUGUUAACACCCAUGCAAGCUAUUAAAUGCUGUCUUUCAAAUCUUAAGGAGACAGAAAUUCCAAUAAAAGUCAAUAGAUGGUUUGAGGAGAAUUUCCUUGGUAAACUGUUGAAGGCUGUAAUUAUAUCCAGAGAACCAGAUGGCCGGAUUGCUGUGGAGUUGUAUGAUGGACAGCUCCAAGUAAGUCAGAAAAUUAGAGAAAAAAUAAUGGAAGAAUUGGCACUUGUGAAAAAUUAUACAGAACAGUUUAUUGGAAAUUACAGAGUGCUACCCCACAUAACAAGUUACCAAGAAACAAAAAAACUAAGUGUGGAAGAUCCUGAAAGAAAUAGUUUGAGAACUGAAGUGAAAAAUCAAGUGGAUGAGGGGUAUUGCCAGACAAAUAGUAGGCAAAAAUUUGAAGAUGAAGAGCAGAUAAUGUGUAGCAACCCCUUGCAAUUGAUGAUUUACCAAGAUAGUGAAGAACCAGCUGUUAGAAAUAGUGUCAAUGCUUUUCUGACACAAGGGAAACCUGUAGAUGAAAAGCUKACUUCUCACUCGUUGUGUCAGUCUACUUUAAAUAUAAAGCACAUACUUGCAAGUGAUCCCUUUGAAACUACUGAAAGGUUAGACUGUACAGGUCAGCAGGAAAGGAGUGAAGAAGGUAUAGCUAAAUUAACCAGUCUUCCUCAACGUGAUAUUCAGGUGAAUUCAGAAGCAGCAGGGUAUAUUUCUCAUGUAAAUAGUCCAUUGAGUUUCCAUAUUCAUCUUGCAGAGGAAGAAAACCUUAUAAUUCAACUAGCAGAAGAGUUAAAUGAAAGCAUAGUGAAUAUAGGUCAUAACCAUGACUUAGGUGGGCUCAUGGUAGGGGAUGUUGUUUUAGCAGAAUAUUCUACUGAUUGUUUUUUUUAUAGGGCAGUUAUUAAAACUAUGAAAUCAGAAAGCUCCUUUGAGGUAGAGUUUAUUGACUAUGGCAAUACAGCAGUUGUAAGCUCAUCAAAGAUCUACAGGAUUGAGGCAAAGUUUUUAACACUGCCAAGGCUCAGUAUUCCAUGUUUGCUUAGCAGAGUAAAGAGUACUGCUGAUGAAAACUGGAAAAAUAAAAAUAUUUCCUUUUUUGUGAAAGAAGUUAAUAGCAAGCCAGUCACUUGCAAGUUCUUGCAAAAACUUGGAGAGCAAUGGGAAGUAGAUAUAAUUUGUGAUGGGAAAUCUAUGUCCGAUGUCCUGCUGCAGAAAAAACACAGAACAAGGUUGCAAAAUACAGCAAUGCAUCAUCCAGAAAACCCAUCAAAACAAAUUCUGAUUACAAAUACUGAUUCUCAGGACAGAAGAUUGAGGAAUAGUUUAGGGGUUCAAAGUAAAGUUAAGGCUGUUGGGACAAAAAAUGCUUGCAAAGCACAGUUGAAAGUUCCUCUUCAAGAUAUAAAUCCUGGACAGGUAGAAACAGCAGAAAUAAUUAAUGUUUCAGGAUGUGGAAGAUUUCAUGUGAAGCUGCUUAGAAAUUUGCAGGUAUUCAAUGAUUUAAAUGUAAUGCUUGUCAAAGAAGCAGAAAGAAAUUGCUUGCUUGCAAUGGAUAAUAUUAAGGAAGGAUUGGAAUGCAUGACAAAAUCUAAAAGGAACUUAAAGUGGUAUCGAUCAAAAGUGAUAAAGAAAUUUAGCAGAGAGAGGUUAAUGCUUGUUUUUUUCAUGGAUUGUGGCAAGUCUGAGAUGGUGCCCUUAAAUUAUGCAAAGAUGCUCAGUGAUGAAAUAAAAAGUAUUCCUAAACAAGCUGUCCCUUGUAAAUGGGUUUGGUGUAAAAAUUCAAAUAGACUUCCAUUUGUCAAUUUACUAAAUGUAUUCCUAGAUCAUGAAGUAGGAAUCUUAUUUCUGAGAUAUUUGGAAUCCUCUCAUCUGUGGGAAGUAGAGAUUUUAAUAGGAGAAAUUCUACUUUUGGAAUAUUUGAAUCGACUCUUAAUUCCUGGUAACAUCAUUGUUGGACCAGAACAAUUCAGUAAUACAAACUGUGAAGYGUUUGCUACAUCAUUCAGGAUAAAUUCAGUUACGUGGAUGUUACUGCAGAGUGGCAAAAGGUAUCCUGGAUUUGCAACUACAGUUACUGAUCCUUCAAACUUUUGCAUUCAGUUGGAAGGCUUAUUUGAAUAUAUGAAGAACUUGUCUCUGCUGCUUUCCGACCUYCCUGAUAACCUGCCAGCUUUGCCAAAAGAACUUGUGGCUCCUGGUGCUGGCUGCUUAAUCAAGAUCAAGCUUGGACGAGAAAUGCAGUGGAACAGAGCAGAAAUUAGUGAAGUGUCAAGCCAGUCUGUUGUUCUCACAUUCAUUGAUUAUGGCUUUCUGAAAAGUAUCCCCUACUCGGAUAUCCAUAAACUAAAAGUUCUUCCGGAAAAUCUGUCUUAUUUACCACGCUUGGCAUACUCUUGCUCUUUAUGUGAUACUGUUCCUGCCAAAGGAGAAUGCUGGAGUGAGGAAGCUAAACUUCUGUUUCAGAAGCUUCUUAGUAAACCAGGUCUGAUAUUCUGUUUUAGGCAGUAUGGCUCUGGAAUGAAAUUGGAGGUUGAUGUUCUGUACAAGCAGAAUAACCUAGCAUGUGUCUUGGUUGCUGCUGGCCAUGCAAUCUAUUCUAGGAGCAGGUGCUGCCUUAUUCCAUUUGGCAAAAUUAGAUCAACCAAGAUAAGUUUGCAACCCAGUCUUCUAUGAUUCCCUUUCUGAACCAAUUUGAGUUAACACCAAAGCUUUGUCUUGUUGACAGAAGUAAAAUAAAGCAAAAAAAUUACCUGAAACACAGGAGUAAGUAUUACUUUCAAGUAAGGAGUGCGGUGAAUAUUAUAUUAUAAAUAAUAUAAUUAUUGGUAAUGACCAAAAUACCAAAUAACCAAAGAAAAUGAGUCCGUAUAAUUGCAGAUGUUUGCAAAAGAUGAAUGUUAAUGUGAAGAAGUUUUUCCAACUUUGUGAUGAUAGGGAAAAUAAAAUCGACUCUCACAAGAGCAAGUCUGCUAUCACUGGUUGAGAACGGAGAUUCUGAUGACCAAAAUGUGAAGAUACUGUAAAAAGUUAAUUGAAUCAUUAAUAGACUACAGUUAAAGUCUCUCUACACUGUAUCAUAAAAAUGAAUUAUAAAUGCUG